UUCUCAUAUAUAUCUGUGGACGUUAUAGACACUUUAAAAACUCUAACAAAAUGUCAAAACCAAAAAUGGCUUGUAAGCCGCCGCCACCAUCCCCAGAGGAGAUGAAAAAGAUCAAGUUUCCCAUGCACAAUACACAUUUGCGGAAAACGUUGGGCAUUUUGAGGACAGCUUGCUAUUGGUCUAUAGUGGCCCCACUUCUGUUUUACGUGUUUCAUAAUGCGCCGCGUAAGAUGAAAUAUCAAAAUUUUUAUACACACUACGAUCCGUUGGAUGCAUUUGAUCGUAUGAAAAGCGGCGGCUAUUUAAAAUCGUGCCCAGCCAAGGAGGAAAAGAAAGAGAAGGACAAGGAUAAGAAAAAGAAGUGAAUGGAAUACAGUACAAAAGAAUGGAAUCAAUUCAUAAAUAGAACAAGAGUCGUCGAACAAACACAAUAAUAAUGGAAA